AUGGCGGAGGCAGUUCUCGACGCUGCGGCGGCGACUCCGUGGCCACGCUCACGCCAGCAGAUCCAGGACGACGAGGGCACUGUCGUCCAUGCACAGCCGCGCUGCGCCGCCGACGGGCCCGCCAAGCGCAAGCGGAAGACCUUCCCGACGGGGCAGGCGCUGGGCGGCCACAAACGGUGCCACUACGAGGGCAGCGCCGGCGCCGCCACCACGGCCUUAUUGAGCAGCCGCGGGUUUGAUCUUAACGUACCGGCCCUGCCGGACUUGAUGGUUGACGCCGAUUGGUGUAUGCUGCCACCGGCGGCCGAGGCCGAGGAGGGGGAGGAAGUGCUCAGCCCCUUGGCCUUCAAGAAGCCGAGGCUGAUGAUCAUGUCAUAG